AUGACCCACAACGAGCUAUGGUUAACUUAUCACCAAGCGUCACGCUGCAAUAAGCCAGCGACGACUCAGUUGGUGGAACUCGAGUUUCAGAAUGAGAAGUUAACUGACUUGGAGGAUGUGCUCGAGCACUUAUUCUGCCAGGGAUUCGUCGAGGCCCAGCAUCGGUCGCUGUCAUAUUGGGAGAACCACGACGGGCAGCGCCUCAACCCAAGUCAUUCCCUGGAAGAACUGCUGACAGAAGGUGCAGGCAAAUGUCCUCAGUCUGCUCUUAGGCUGGUCAUCGUUAUGUUUACUACUCACAAGAAUGCAACGCCCGCCGUGACGCAGCGCGUUAAACUUUGCCAUGCCCAGGAGGCAAAGCUUGAAAUAAUAGCCCACCUCACCAACCACAUUUUCCGUAAUGGUUAUCUUGCCGCACGAUAUCGGACGGUGGUGACAUGGCAGGGUACUUGUGGAAGGAAGAUAGGAGAACACGAGAAGCUUGAUGCUCUCCUUGCCGCAGGAGAGGGUCUCUCCGAUACUUCUUCCCUGCGUCUCAUUAUAGACUUUGCGAUAGCUAGAGGCGUUGAAAUGUUGGAAAUGAAGUGA